GCGCGGCGCCGGCCCCGCUGGCGCCUGGAAGGGACCGCGGCGACCCCUCCGUGCCUCCUCCUCCUCCUUCCUCCGUCCAUCCUUCCUUGCUCCGAGCCGCCGGGGGACAGCCCAGGUGAUCCGCCGCUGGGGACAGGGGUUAAAAUGAAUGAAGAUCUGAAGGUUAAUUUGAGCUGGCUGCCUCAGGAUCAUGUAGAAGCCAGCUCUACAGAGAAUGCCUCAGCUGCAGGCUCCUCCCUGGUUCCUGCCGUAGACCCUGAGCCAGAGCUUUUGGUAAACCCCUGGGACAUUGUCUUGUGUACUUCAGGGACCCUUAUCUCCUGCGAAAAUGCCAUUGUGGUUCUGAUCAUUUUCCAUAACCCCAGUCUUCGCGCCCCCAUGUUCCUACUGAUAGGCAGCCUGGCCCUGGCAGAUCUCUUAGCAGGCAUUGGAUUGAUCAUCAAUUUUGUUUUUGCCUACCUUCUGCAGUCAGAAGCUACGAAACUGGUUACGAUUGGACUGAUUGUUGCCUCUUUCUCAGCAUCUGUUGGCAGCUUGCUGGCUAUCACUGUUGAUCGUUACCUCUCCCUGUAUUAUGCUCUGACUUACAAUUCAGAGAGGACUGUCACUUUUACCUAUGUCAUGCUUAUAUUGCUCUGGGGAGCAUCUAUCUGUAUUGGACUGCUGCCUGUAAUGGGCUGGAACUGCCUCAGAGAUGAAUCCACCUGCAGUGUUAUCAGACCACUCACUAAAAAUAAUGCAGCUGUCCUUUCGGUCUCUUUCUUGCUUAUGUUUGCCCUCAUGCUGCAGCUCUACAUCCAGAUCUGUAAAAUCGUGAUGCGCCAUGCCCAUCAGAUUGCCUUGCAACACCAUUUCCUGGCCACUUCCCACUAUGUGACCACCCGAAAAGGAGUGUCUACUUUGGCCAUUAUUUUGGGGACUUUUGCUGCUUGCUGGAUGCCUUUUACGCUCUAUUCUUUAAUAGCAGAUUACACCUAUCCUUCUAUAUACACCUAUGCCACCCUCCUGCCAGCUACCUACAAUUCCAUCAUCAACCCUGUAAUAUAUGCUUUUAGAAACCAGGAGAUACAGAAAGCACUUUGGCUCGUCUGUUGUGGCUGUAUUCCUUCUAACCUGUCUCAGAGGGCAAGAUCACCCAGUGAUGUCUGAUUGGCAGCCACGAGGACGCUCCUUAACAUGUUACUUUCCAGACAUCUUGUCUUUGGUUUAGAUGCAUUCUUUAAAUGGUGUGUGAUGGGUUCACAUAAAAACCGCAGGAUGGACUGACCUUUUUGUAAAGAGAAAACCCCAGCGACCGAAAUCAAUCGGGUGGUUUAAGGAAGAUUUCCAAAAUCAAAAUAAUCAGUGUUCUUAAGAGAUAUGUAAUGUUGCUCAGGGUCUUUUUGUCAUAUUACCCAGACUUUACCAUGUUUGCCAUGAUUUUACAUUAAGUUUUCUAAUUAAAAUUAGAUUGAAACAGCAUACUUCUUUAAAAUUGUUUCUGUGAUUGAGUUUAAUCGUACUGCAUGUUACAAUCUGUUGUGAGGCUAUUUUUUUCCUCUUUAAAUUUUUUUUAAACCGAAAAAAACCCCAAACCAAGCCCUGUUACCCCAUCUGUAUAUCAUCAGAAUACUCUUCAAAAUAAUGGCCAAUUGUAUUGAUUUAUAUGGGAUUUAUUGUAAUAAUCUCAGUGCAAGAAAUUUGCUCUAAGUGAGAAAGUCCUUGUGCAGCUUUUUAUUUUACA